AUGAGCAUCAAACUACCUAGUUUGGAAUUGAGUUCUACCCUUAAUCGUCCAUUUAACCAAUCUUCAAAUGGAUAUCGGGAAAUCCAAAUUUCUGCUGAAGGGUUUUAUGAUGCUGAAACAGGUAAUCUGUGCAUGGUUGGCUGCAGAGAACUCAGAUCAGAAAACAAGGCACCUGUAAGUCAUUCAAUGGACUGCGAGAUCCUUGUGGAUAUUCAUUUUCCUCCAUUGAACUCAGACAGAAAAGGAAGUAAAAUCAAGGGAAGCAUUAAGAGCAUGCGUGAAACAACUGAUCACCUUUACUUUGAACCUAUGUACUUCUCAGGAAGAGCUCAUUAUCGCAGGUGGGCAGUGGAAUCAAUUUGGAGAAUGGAUUUCGAGGUGGUCAUGUCUGUCAUAUCCAACACUUUUGCAACUGUCUUUGUAGUACUUCAAAUCUUUCAUGUGAGGAAGCAUCCUGGCGUUUGUCCUUUUGUUUCACUUCUCAUGCUUGUCAUUCUAGCCUCGGGACACUUGAUCCCUUUGGUUCUAAAUCUUGAAACAAUGUCGUUCAAGAUAGUGAAAGAUCUGUUUGGAUUAGAGGUAGAACAUGAUGUUCUGAUGAAAAGAAAAAGGCCUUGUGGGUUGCUGAGAAGCGGGGGGCUCUACGCGUGUUUUCCAGUGUACAUAGCUGGAGCUGUAAUCGCCUUUUUCGUGAAAUGGAGGAAAAAUCUAGCUCGAACCGGAAGCCAUUCUUCAUACUACAUAGAGCAGAUCAUUUUGGGGGGUUCAAGAGCUUAUGCUGGUUUGAUCCUUGACGCCUUUCUUUUCCCCCAAAUCCUCUUCAACAUGUUCCAGAACUCAAAAGAACAGGCUCUUUCUCGCUUCUUUUACAUUGGAAUAACCCUUGUUCGCCUUGAACCCCACGGAUAUGAUCUCUACAGGGCACACAAUUAUGUUGAUGUAGAUGACUCGUACAUUAAUGCAGAUCCUGCUGCAGAUUAUUACUCAACUGCUUGGAACAUCAUUAUUCCUGUGUCGGGCCUCUUCUUUGCUGCAAUCAUACACUUGCAACAACGCUUUGGUGGUGGUUGUUUCCUUCCAAAGAGAUUCCAAGAAUCAGUGAUAUAUGAGGACCUUCCAGUGGCUUCGGAAGAGCAAUUGCCAUUAAAAUCCAGCACCUAG